AUGCCGUAUUUCCAAGUGGAGUGCGGCCGGAGACAGCAAUUGUACUUCUGGGUCCCUCUGCAUUUCACCCCACCCCGGACGUUAUCCGGAUCCCCACACCGUCCACUUCGCGCCCCGACCGUAGGCAGCACAGUCUCGCGUUCGCUCUGGCCGCCCUGCAUCAGCAUCAGGUGCAGCCCACCCACGCUUUGCACCGACUUGGAAAAGCGGCUGAAGCGCAAACAAGAAGCUCAAAGCCAACUCUGGCUUCUCGCACCCCCGCCCCAAUCCUCGGCCACCUGCACUUUACGAGACUUUGCGCAGGGCGGCGCUCGGGGGAACCCGCACUCGCCCGCCGGGCCCGGGCACCUCCGGGCCAGCGGAACAGCCAGGGAAUGCCACGCUGCUCGCUGGCGGCGCGUCGGGCUCGGAGCGGCUCUGAGCCGCGCCGCCUGCGGGGAUCGACCGAACCGUUCCGCAGAGCCGCGAGCAGGAAGCCGAGGAGCAGGAGGAGGUGGCGGCCGCGGCUGUUCCUCCCGGAGGGCGAUGUGGCCGGCCGGCGCGGGCACCAGGCUGCCCUGUCCCCGGGACUCCGCGCUCCGGAGGGCGGCUUUCUCCGGGAACCUCACGGCCCUGCCUUCUCACCUCGUGCCCGCCGGUCGCAGCGUCCGGGUCUUCAUCAGCGCCAACCCUGAAGACACGGGAGCAGAAAGACAGGCACUACGAGAAAACGUGUAUCCUAAACUGAGAGAAUUCUGCAGAGAAAACUAUGGAUUGGAAUUUCAGGUCAUAGACCUGUACUGGGGCAUUGAUGAAGAUGAAUGGGACAACCCAGAGCUCCAGAAAACCCGGAUGAAGCUGCUGGAGGAUUGCUUGAAAACUUCUGCAGGUCCAUGUUUUGUUGUGGGUAUAAAAAAACUAAUGCUUUAUAUUAAAUUGUAG